AUGCCGAUGUGGUGUGUCGACAGCUGGGCUGUGGAAGGGCCCGAUCAGUUUUUCCUGGUGCAGUCUUUGGACCUGGCGGAGGACCCAUCUGGAGUUGAGGGAGAAGUGCACCUGGCCAAUGGAGGGAACAACUGCUCUGGCAGAGUGGAGAUCUUCCAUGACGGACAGUGGGGGACAGUGUGUGAUGACUUCUGGGACCUACCGGAUGCUGAGGUGGUGUGUCGACAGCUGGGCUGUGGAAGGGCCCGAUCAGUUUUUCCUGGUGCAGCCUUUGGACCUGGCGGAGGACCCAUCUGGUUGGACGACGUCUCUUGUUCUGGAAAUGAGUCAUCUAUUUCACACUGCAGGCAUCCAGGGUUUGGAGUCGAUAACUGUGAUCAUUAUGAAGAUGCCAGUGUUAUAUGUGAAGGAGUUGAGGGAGAAGUGCACCUGGCCAAUGGAGGGAACAACUGCUCUGGCAGAGUGGAGAUCUUCCAUGACGGACAGUGGGGGACAGUGUGUGAUGAUCACUGGGACCUGGACAAUGCCGAUGUGGUGUGUCGACAGCUGGGCUGUGGAAGGGCCCGAUCAGUUUUUCCUGGUGCAGUCUUUGGACCUGGCGGAGGACCCAUCUGGUUGGACGACGUCUCUUGUUCUGGAAAUGAGCCAUCCAUAUCAGACUGCAGACAUUCAGGGUUUGGAGUCCACAACUGUGGUCACCAUGAAGAUGCCAGUGCUAUUUGUGAAGACCUGCUCACACCGUACACCUCCACCAGGACCCAGUCAGGCCAACAGCACCGUCUGCUCCCGCCUAGGACAUGGCUCAAGACCAUAGGGGACAGAGCCUUCGAGGCCGCUGCUCCCUGUCUGUGGAACACUCUUCCAGACCACCUCAGGGCCCCACAGAUGCCCAGCUAUAGCUAUAUAGAGAGGGAGAAGGGACAGCCGCGCAGCGGCACCCUUGUUGCUGUGCUGUCGGGGCGGGUCAAGGGCAUGAUCGCUCAGAAGAUGAAGACAUGUUCGUCCGUCAUGGUCCUGGUUACAAGUGACUGA